AUGACGGCUCAAAAAUUUAGCCAAAUUUCCUUAUGCCUGCUUGUGAUUUUUCUGACUCUGACCAGUACUCUCUCCAAGCAACCUUCUGACCCCAGAAAUUCGCGAUGCCAUUUUUUAAGAAAAAUUGCAAAUAAGGAAGAUAUUAAAUUUUGUUGGAACGAUUUGAGACUGCCGAAAGAUUUGAUUCCGCAAAGUUACGAGGUCCUCAUCCAUCCUGAUCUUCAGAAAUCAACUUUCAGCGGCUGGUCAAAUGUUGAAGUCACAGUCAAGAAAAGUACUGGUUCAAUUGUUCUGCACAGUAAAAACCUUACAAUCUCCAGCGUCAACAUACGUUACAAGGAUCUUAAUGAUGCAGUAACUGUAAAGAAAUGGAGACUGGACGAAAGUUUGGAGCAGAUGCAGGUAGAAUUGAGUACCCCCCUCGUCGCAGGGUCUUCCAUCCUCCCAAACAUCUCCUUCACUGGAGUCAUCAGAACAGAUAGUUUGGGGUUUUAUUUGACCUCUUACAAGACCAAAGAGAAUGUCGUAAGAUUAAACAACAUUUGA